GUGUGUACUACAGCAGAAAAAGCCACCCGGUCUGAAUCUAACCCUUCAUCGUUGCAAUUAUCAAUUAGAAUGUGAAAUCUGAUACAGCGCCGGAUUAACCAAUCGAAUUGCAAGGGAAACUGUAACUUAAAGCCGAAAUGGGCAUGUCGCAAAUUCGAUUUUUCUUUUUCUAAAUAAGAUUGACCUACAGAGAAAAGACUGUGAGUAGAAGUGCUAGUGAACAUGAUGUGUAGAAACGAUAACGUGAUUUUGCGAGCCAGCAAAUUGGGUCUGUUGCUACUUUUAUUGGCCCACAAAAUUUUACCGGUAUAUUUAGAACAGGACGAGGAGAUUCCACAUAAUGAAGUUAGAAAUUGGGCGUUGCAAUUCGGGGUUGACUUAUGGCAGUACGGACGAGUUACGACGAAAAUGGACGACCUCCAAAAAAAAUAUCAAGAUGUAAACAUAAACGUAGUGCGGAAAGACGGAUUGAUCCUGAUUAGGGAAAUGGCUACGGAAGUGAAAAACAUGAUGGAUUUUAAAAUGAGUGCCGUUAUGCGAAUAUUGGAUUCAGCCGAACAGGCGGCCUUAACGCCAAGAACCGACAAUGGCCAACCAUUUCGAUACUAUAACGCCAAAAAGUUGAAUGUCUUCGGACCGGAUGGCAAACCCGCAGAAGGAACGCGAGAAAUGAUUUUAACGCCCAAUCCUCACUUCGACCACUUGCCCGUAAAUAUUAGCCUCAGCACGGUGCUUAUGCCCAACCACGUCUUCGAAUAUGAACCAGAAGUGCUAAAUGCUAUACAGUGGUCCGAACAUUUAGACCCCUUGUUUAUAAAUAAUUACGAAGGCGACCCCACCCUUUCCUGGCAAUUCUUCGGCAGCUCUACUGGCUUUUUAAGACGUUACCCAGGAAUCGCAUGGCCGCCGGAAGACAUGUCUACGAUGCAAGAGAUUCGAAAUAACAGAAAUAUCUACGAUUUCCGUUCCUCUGCGUGGUACGUGAACGCUGCUACAUCUCCGAAAGACCUAAUAAUUCUAGUGGAUAGUUCCGGUUCUAUGGCCGGACACAGAGCGAAUCUAGCUAGAGCGACUGUAGAAGUUAUCCUAGACACUCUAUCCGACAACGAUUUCGUUAACGUGUACAGGUUUUCUGACACCACGCGCGAAAGCUUGCCCUGCUUUAAGGACAUGUUGGUCCAGGCUACCGACGAAAAUCUCAGAUGGCUAAAGGAGUCGCUAGCGACUUUUAAGCAAGAAAACAUAGCGAAUUUUUCGUCAGCUCUCAUCACGGGUUUCGAAAUUUUACACAAGUACAAUCGCACCGGUCACGGGUGUCAAUGUAACCAAGCGAUAAUGUUGAUAACGGACGGACCUCCCUCUAAUUACAAAGAUAUAUUCAAAAUGUACAAUUUUCCUCAUCGUCCUGUUCGAAUAUUUACGUACCUCGUGGGAAAAGAUUCCAACAGCGCAGCCGACAUGCACUGGAUGGCUUGCGAAAAUAAAGGCUACUAUUCCCGAAUACAAAAUUACGACGAAAUAAAACAAAAAGUACUUCAUUACAUAGAGGUUAUGGCUAGACCCAUGGUCAUGUAUCAAAAUGACCACCCCAUCCAAUGGACUCCGGCUUAUGUCGGAGGAAGAGCUGACAGUUUUUCAGACGACAAAGUGGGUCAACUAAUGACAACCGUCACGACGCCAGUUUUUGAUCGCAGAAACCACACGGUACGAGUAGCGAAUGUUUUGGGAGUUGUCGGUACCGAUGUGUCUUUAGAUCAAAUUAAAAAGCUAGUUCCGCCAUACAAGCUCGGAGUAAACGGAUAUUCCUUUAUCGUUAACAAUAACGGUCACGUUUUGUAUCACCCGGCACUAAAACCUCCGAAAAUAAGUGAGCAAUACGAAGACACUUUAGAACCACAAUACAUUUCCAUAGAUUUAUCCGAGGUGGAGCUCACGGAAAAUGAAAAUGGGCCGCGUGAAAACCACAGUGCUCUCCUUGACCUACGACAAGACAUGAUCAAUCAAAAAGAGGGAGAGACUGAACUUAACGUAAAAGUGCACUACGACGAUAUGAGGCGGGUGACAACAAGGCGAUAUAAAUACUUCUACAACCCGAUCGAGGGUACGCCAUUCUCGUUGGGACUCGCGAUACCCGAAGGUUAUGGCAUGUAUGAGUUACUCGCCGAACAGGAAAUAAAACACAGCCAAAAAAACGUCACCGACUAUUUUAAAGGCACCAACUGGAGGGUGCAUCCUGACUGGGUGUACUGCGAGUAUACAAGUGGUACAUCUGGAGAACAAUGGUUUAAAACAGCAGAGGAAAGAGUACUUCACUUUUUAUCCAGAAGUAGGAGACCGGGAUGGAGGUGGAUGUCACUGCGACCUCGAUCACCGUCGCAGAGAGAACAACAUCAUCAUUUUUCGUCAAAACAAGACAAGGACGCAUAUUAUUGCGAUAAAACUCUAAUUCAAUCUCUAGUUCUGGACGCAAUGGUCACUGAAGGUCUGGAAAAAUACAGAUCGACAGAGAAACACCAAGGAUAUGACAUAUUUAAUGGGACGCUGUCAUUCGUUGCCACAAGGAGUGGACUGUUGAGAUGGACUAAUUUAACGAACAUGGAGUCGGAUGGACCGCACUUCAGUGAUAACAAUUCGAGAGCCAUGGACGAGACCUGGUACAGAAGAGCUGUAGAUCAGCAUUCUAUUGAACCGGAAAGUUUUGUUUUCUCUGUCCCGUUUGACGUGGGAGCAACGGGCAAACCAUUAAUUACUGCAACCCAUGCGGUGUUUGUAGAAAACAAGGGUCAUUGGGCACCGGCUGCGGUGGUCGGAUUGCAGUUUCAACACUCUGCUAUAGCGGAACACUUUCUUAACAUCACCUCAAAGUGUACGGGAUCCACUUCUUGCAAGAAAUCGUGCGCCAGCGAAAAGCUGGAAUGUUACGUGCUAGAUAAUAAUGGUUUCGUAAUAAUUUCGGAAAAAAGCGAGCACACCGGAAGAUUUUUCGGGCAGAUCGAUGGGACGAUAAUGGACUCCUUGGUUCAAGACCGGAUUUACAGGAAAAUCGCAGUUUACGAUUACCAAGGUUCUUGCUCGAACAACAAAUACCACUUCAGCGGAAAAGCGAACAAAAUCGAGAUGUUUUCUCCCACGAAGCAUAUUACAAACUUUCUCUUGCAAACGUUAGUGCUUUUGGUCGGCAAGUUUAAAUCAACAUACGCCACAGCGUUGUCUUAUUACUCACACGAAGAUGAAGAAUUCUACACUGAUUACGACUACGCAAAUGGAGAAGACACUAUAGACGAACAAAAUCCAAUUAUCCCACCACCUGUGAAUAUAUACACGCCUCCGUUUGUGCCUCCGUUCGAAUCAGACCCGCUAGAAGGGGUGGACCUCGGACAGUUUGGCACUAGACCGUGCGAUAGGAAAGUUGACUUAUACAUUCUGCAACCUGAAAGACUGAACACAAGCGGUCAAAAUAAUCCCCUAAAAGGGAAACUCACCAACUGUCACGUGACAGGCUGUGAAAGACCAUUCAGUGUUCAGAAGAUACCAUUUAGUAAUUUAAUUCUUCUGGUAGUGGACAACACUUGUCCAUGUGGUAGUAAGCAGUUAAGUAUUAAUCCGCAAGAACUGGUUUACGAAGCGAAGGACACCGGAUGUUUACACAAACCCAAAUCAAAUCUCUACAGGAGGCGCCCGCCAAAAUGCAUCAACUACCACCCCGAGGAAAUUGAAAUCCACAUUUGUGGAAAGUCGACCACGAUAUCAUUAAGCAUUUUGACAUUAUUGGUAGCAUGCGCGCAUUGUCUACUUGUCCUUACGUCGUGAUCAUCCGUAUUUCAAUAGAAUAUAAAACUUAUUUAAAUGUGACAUUUGAAUGAAAUGCUCAUAUCACUUUAUGACUAGACGAAUGUAAUGUAAAUUUAUUUGCAUAUAUUACUGAUAGAUUAGCUGUUUUUAUCAAUGACAAUACGUCAAACUAAGAAAGUUAUGUUGUUGAAUACAAUUUAUGAAAGAAACUUAAAAAAAAAAUUGUUCGUGAAUUUGUACAUAAUUGCGCAAUGCAGAAACCUGAUCAUCUUUCGGAAAGGUAAUAUUUUUAAAACAUUCAAUGAUAAUAUUAUUAAAGUUUGAAAUAAACUAAUAUUUAACCUUUGAUGAUAGACAAUAAUCUUUGGUUUUAGGAAAACCACGCUUAUGAGUGACUAUUAUCUAUUAAGUUUUGUAAUAUAUCUAUCCAUUGCUAGUUACGUAGGCUCUGCCAAAUAACACAUAACUAUAGUUUGCGUAGCAUCAAUGUAGGAUUUAUAUGUAAUAGAAAAAAUUUUGUAAUCAAAAAUUAAUAAUGAAUUAGAAUAUUAAAUUUAAAAACCAUUAUAUGUACGAAAAAUGACCACCCAUGCUUUUGUGUGAGAGUUGCCGAUGUGUUAUAUGUCUUAGCCUCGAGGGGAUGUUUGAUUGAAAUGCGACCCUAACUAACUAAAACGGUGCGUCGUCAACUAAAAUUUGUUCAGAAAACUUUUGUAUGUAAUCAAAUCUAUGCAAAGGUGAUGCUUUUAAUAUUUUCAGUAGUUUUGCAGGACUGAACAUUAUACCCCAGUACGUUUUUAAUCACCAAUACAAUGCAAUAAUUAACGAAGGCAUAUCAAUAAUUUAUUAUCUAUGCUUUUUUUUCAUGCGGCAUCGCUCUUUGAUUAUAGAUAUGCAACUAUACACCAAGUGCUGCACGUUUAACAUCUCCGUACGUUAGUAGAUCAACUAAAAUUCCAGAAAAUAAAUAUAUAUAUGUGAUAUUUAUAACUAAAGUUGGGUAUAUUUUUUAAAAGUUUAGACAGUUCAUAACUUAGAACUUUUUAAUUUAUCUAUAACAACGGGCGUUUUUUUAGUAAAGGAUCAU